AUUGCUAUUUUCUUUUGAACAAAACUAAACAACAGCAGUUUUAAAACAAGCAUAUAGCAUGUGAAUAGACCUUCAAUUUGUGAAUAAUGUACUUGACAAAAAGUUUUCAACUUUACAUCUGACCUAAUACAACCAUAUCAUCAUUUGAAGUUUGAAUACAUGUAAUUCCAAACCUUUUAUUUGCAGGUUAAACGUCCAUCCUAUCACACAAAGCCCAACAGUGAGGAUGGCAUCUAAUGUUACAGCCCAAUUAGUGUUGGAGAAGAUUAGUGUGGAUCAUCUGGAAUGCUCCAUCUGCACCAACCGUUUCAGGCAACCCAAACUGCUGGACUGUUUGCAUAGUUUUUGCCUCCAAUGCCUCCAAGAGCUCAGACAGAGCCAAGAUCCUAGUGGUACAAAGCUGACAUGUCCUCUGUGCAGACAUGAAACCAUGUUGAAAGGGUCUGGGGUUGCUGAUCUCCCUAAUAACUUUGCAUUUAGUGCCCUGGAGGAGGAAGUUACAAUGCAGGACAAGCUGCUGGAAGGUCAAGGGUCAGUGAUCAAAUGUCAAGCCUGUGAUGAGGAGAAUCAGGCUAUUUCAAGAUGCAUGGAUUGUGAUCAUUUCCUCUGUCAAGAAUGUCAAAAGGCACAUGGGCGUAUGACUUUGAUGAAAUCUCAUAAAAUCUUCACACUGGCUCAACUUCGUUCAGGAGAGAUUGUCUACAAGAGUAAACUAAGAGAAGAAGUUCCCAAAUGUGGCAAGCAUCCAGAUCAAAAUCUCAAUGUCUACUGCAACUCAUGUGAGCAAGUCAUAUGCACAACAUGCUCUAUACUCGAUCAUGCAAAACACUCACUCACUGGACUACCUGAGGCAGUAGAGAAAUGUAAGAAGAAGGUCACAGAAAUGGUCCAAAAAAGUGAGAGCAAAAAAACAGAAUUGAGCACCACCAUAGAAGAGACGUCCAAAUCUCGCGAGGAGCUGGACACCAUGUUUGCCAAAACUCAAAAGAAAAUCUCCAAAAAGGCUCAACAGGAAAUUAGAAAGAUCCAACAGGAGGUUGCAAAAAUCCAAAAGGAAGAACUGAAAUUAAUGAAAGAGACAGAAAGGAUUUAUAAAGACAGAGUCACAACAUUUGAAGCUGCUCAAGCCAAUAACAGAAAAGAGGUGACCCAAACAGAGAACAAGCUGGAGGAGGUGAAACAACUCAUGAAUCAAGCAAGUUGCUAUGAGAUUCUUGAACUUCAGCAGAAGCUCUUGCAUAACUUCAGUGAAUUGACAGGGAAACAGCCACAGCUCCUUGCUCUAGAUGGUUCAGAAGUCAAGGUCUUCAACAAGCAACAUCAGCUCCUCACUCAGUUCUACAAAUCAGAGUCAGACAGCCAACCAACAUGCCUUGCAGCGGAUGACAGCAAUCUGACAGCAGUGGGUUACAAGGGCAAGGAUGAGAUAUCCCUAUACAACGAUGGAUACCUCAUCAGGAGACUGCCUGCUCCAAUGAUUGGAGAUUAUCUGACAAUCUACAAUAACCGCCUAAUUAUGUACACAACAGGCUUAAACAAUAGGUUGAUGUGUGUAGACAUCUAUGGUGCCAGUGUAUUUUCAGUAGACAUGAAAAGUAACAUGGAGGGGGUUUUGCACCCUGGUACUGUGUGCUGUGACAGCGAUGGCAGUACCUAUGUUGCUGUUUUCCUGACAGGUGAUAUUCUGCAUUACAGUCCUAAUGGCAAGUACAUUGGACGUGUGAUCCAGGGAUGUGGUCAUCCAGGUGGCAUGACAUUCACAUCGGAUGGUGAUCUGGUAGUGGCUGCAGGAGAGUCUGUAAAGGUCUAUCACCGAGUGUGA